UUAGUUUACGUCAUCAUGUACAUUAUUAUCUUUCGAAGUAUGUAUGUUGGCGCUGCACACACGGCUAACCUACAAAUAAUAUGCUGCAUACGAGCAUACUUAAACAGUACUUCAGGACUAUGUCAAGUACGUAAAAUAAACAAACGUAUAAUCCGAUCGAUCGCAUUCCGCUUAGCGUUAGUGCAACUUGCUGUGAGUGAUGAUAAAGUAAGGAACAUAACACGAGCGAUAGAUUAUAUCGAACGUGCUAAGAAAAAUCGAGCGGACAUCGUCGUGUUACCAGAAUGUUUCAAUUCUUCUUACGGAAUAUCACAUUUCGAAAAGAAUGCAGAAGAAAUUCCAGGAGGUCAAACCAGCAUUGCAUUGUCCGAUGUGGCCAAAAAAAAUAAUAUUUACGUGAUUGGUGGUACAAUUCCAGAAAGAGAGGAUGAUAAAUUAUAUAAUACAUGUACAAUUUGGGCACCAGAUGGGAAAAUGAUAGGCAAAUAUAGAAAGAUGCAUCUCUUCGAUAUCGACAUCAAAGGAAAAAUAACAUUCCGCGAAAGUGAUUCUUUGAGUCCAGGAAAUUCUCUAUUUACCUUCGAAAUGAUGGGAUGCAAGAUUGGUAUUGGCAUUUGCUAUGAUAUUCGUUUCGAAGAAAUGGCGAAACUCUAUAGAAAUCAGGGUUGUCAAAUGUUGAUAUAUCCAGCUGCAUUCAAUAUGACCACCGGUCCACUGCAUUGGUCGCUUCUGCAGCGUUCCAGAGCAAAUGACAAUCAAUUAUACGUCGCCUGCGUAUCGCCAGCUCGUGGUUCUCCUCCUGGUUAUAUAGCAUGGGGACAUACACAGCUAACUAAUCCUUGGGGGGAAAUUCUUCAUGAAUUAGAUUCCGCGGAGGACAUGAUCGUCUGUGAUAUAGAUCUCAAAACCGUGGACGAGGUAAGAGCUCAAAUUCCAAUUUUCUAUCAACGACGUACGGAUUUAUACGACACCGUCUGGGUGAAGUAACAAUAUUUUCGAAUAAAUAAUAUUAUUUUCCUUGUAUAAAAAUUGUCAACACUAUUGGGAAUGAACAAAGAUUAACAUACGUAUACAUAUAAUGUAAGUAUUUUAUAAAAGAUUAUGGAUAAAUAUAAAUCCAGAUUUUCUAAUGGAAUUGAUAUAAAAUGGCAUAAAUCCUAAUUCCUUUAUCGUGUAAACUGUAAGAUAAAAGCGGGAUUACGUUAAUGCGAUGAGAUAUUUUCGGGUGAAAUCGAACACAUUCAAUAGUUAUGGUUCCUCAAACAAGUUUAAUAUCAUUUCAAUAAUUUAUUGAAAUCUCUUUAAUGUGGAUUUAGAAUGAUUAUUCAUACAUAAAAGGCCCCUUGAUGAUUAAACUACAUAAUUACAAUGGAAAGUAAUUACGUAUUAUCAUAGCAAGAUCAUCAUCAUCAUCAUCAUCAUCAUCAUUAUCAUCAUCAUCAUCAUCAUCAUCAUCAUCAUCAUCAUUAUUAUUAUUAUUAUUAUUAUUAUUAUUAUUAUUAUUAUUAUUAUUAUUAUUUUCAAGAUAUUUCCUAAAUAUGUAUUUACAUUGAAAUAGA